AUGAGAACCAACAAGAGGAUGAAGACCGAGGCACUCAUCAGCACAUGGGCAGAGCUGCCGGACGAGAUCAUGAUGGAGGUCUUGCUGCGGCUGCCGGUCAAGUCCACCCUCCGCUUCCGCGCUGUGUGCCGCGCCUGGGCCGCGACCCUUUCCUCCGACGAAUUCCGCGCCCUCCACAUGGCGAGGGCAGAGGCAGGCGCGGCUUCGGCUCAGCCCAGGCUGCUGGUCGUCGCGCCCACGUCCGCGGCGUGCGAGGCCACGGCGGUGUACUCCUGCUCGCCGCCAGAGCCAGGCGCGAGCCUCCUGCUCACGCUCGGCGACUUGAGGGGCGACUUCGUGGACGGCAUAGCCGCCCCGUGCCGCGGCCUCGUCCUCCUGUACGACGCGGUGGCGCCGGCGUACUACGUCGUCAACGCGGCCACCAGGGCGGUCACGCGGCUGCCCCCUGGUCAGGACGUGGUCAACUCCAGCGCUGGCCUUGGCUAUGACGCCCAGACGAACAAGCACAAGGUGAUGAGGCUACUCAGAAUGGGCAAAGAUAUCACGUGUGAAGUGUACACGCUCGGCGGCGUGCAUGGCGAUCGCUGGAUGCUGGCCGCAGGAAGAGUGCCUUCGAGCCUCUCCACCACUGCUCAAUGUGCCAUCUACGCCGCUGAGUCCGGUAAUCUCCCGCCGGUGUUCGCGAAUGGUUCGCUGCUCUGGCUGAUCUACGGAAGGUUUUCGCCCCAAAAUUCAGCAGUUGCCGCCAUCACAUUUUCAGUCACCGAGGAGACCUUUGGUUGGGUCAAGGCACCUCCAUGCGGUACGUUAUUAGGAGUGCAGUUGGUGGAGCUUGACGGCUGCUUGUGCAUGGUUAGAGACCUUCGCCACGGCUCACCUGACUGCAAUAGCGCAGUGGAGAUUUGGAAGCUGCAGGACUACACCAGUGGCAUUUGGUCGUUGGAUACUCGCGUUGAUCUGUCACAUGCCGGAGUAAGUUUGCUUACGCCGAAGGUUAUCAGAGUCCUUGGUGCCACUGGUGAUGGCAGAUCAGUGAAGAAGAUAGUCAUGGCAACAUCUAACCACACCGUUCACGCCUAUGACACCAUGUCAAAGAAUGUAGAAACCAUCCUCUCAGUGGCAGACGACACAGAAAUGAGCUAUCCAAGCGACCGCACUGCCAUACGUAUUUGUUUAUUUAAAGAAACUUUUGCUCCUGUCCACAAAACACAAGAAGAGAUAUCUUUUUCAUCUCCUUUGGCCAAGGCGACUAGGGAGAUCCUGCUCCGUCUCCCUCCUAGAUCCAUUGUACAGUUCAAGCGUGUCUGCAGCCAGUGGCGCAGAUUGAUCGAGGAUAAGGGUUUUAUCCAUUCCUACUUUGCACAUAAGAGCUUGGAAAACAGAGCAAAGAUCAUGAUUGUGGGUAAGGGCACCGGCAGAAGAAAGUUCUUUCGUUUUGCUCCCUUGGAAAACUGGCGUUCAGAUGCUGCUGACGAAGACGCAUGGCUCGACUCAAAGGUGGUUUGUUCCAAGCCUUGCCAUGGCCUGAACUUGCUAAUCACUGCAGAACUGGAUUAUCUCUACAACCCAUGCACGGGUUACUGCAGGACCAAUGCCUAUCCAGGGUCACUUCCCUGUCCACCAUGGGAGACACCUACUGAUGGUGGGAUAUUACAGGACCACGCCUUUGCUAUAGGCAAUAAGAAUGUUGGCUUGGGGUUCAACCCAUUUAAUCAGGAGCAUGUUUCUGUGAUAAUACUCUACCAAUAUAAGGACUUCAAAACCCGUGAGUAUCGCUUGACAUGCUCAGUUUGGCAUUGUAGGGCUGGGUUCUUUCAAGAGGGUUUGGUCCCAUGGCUUCCUGUGAAUAACAUGCCACCAGCUUAUGUGGAUGGGAUGUUGUUCUGGAUGAGUGACCCUAUGUUGGGCCCAAUAAGUGAGUAUGCCAUUUUGUGUUUCGACAUUGCCACGGAGAAAUUUGAUGUCGCUUCUUGCCCACCGGAAAUUAAUACUGCAAACUGGAGCAUCCAUAGCACAUGGAAUUUGUUUGUGGCAGAGCUCAGAGGAAAGCUAUGUGUUGUUCUUGCAGACUUGAAGAGAGAUGAAUUAGUGAUAUGGGAGUUGGAAAAUGGCGAGUGGGAUGAAAUAUACACGGUACGGUUGGAAGCGUCGCCUAACUAUUCCCUUCGUUCGAAUGUUGUAGUGCCGUUGGCAGUUGAUCCAAUGGAUGGCAGCAUCUUGCUAAGCACCGGCAGGAAGAUGGGAUUCUAUGAUCCAGUGAACGAGACUGUUGGGGAAUUGUAUGACGUUGAUGAGAUUUUGCGUACAUAUAAAAUGACAGGAGCCUAUUCUCAAGGAGCUCCAUGCCAGGAGCAAGCUAUGCCUCUUGUUCCCAUGCUUUACGAGGGAAGUAUAGUUAGUUAUCCCCGUAUGCGCAAGGAUAAAAUUCUGCACUGA